UUUAGGCCAAGCAAGUCGAUCAGAAACCAAUUAAAAUGGCUCAGAAAAUAUCCAUCCUCUGCUGUGCUCUUUUGGGAGUGGCUGCUGCCAGCUAUAUCCCUGUCCCACAUGGAGGAUACGAACACGGACACGGAGUGGGAUAUAGCAUCCAGACGCACCACGAGGCUCCUAAGAAGUGGCAGGAUCACCACCAGGAUCACCAUUCGUGGGCACCAACUCAGGAUCACCACCAGCAGUGGGCCCCAGUGGCCUCGCACGAUAACCACCAACAGUGGAGUCACCACGAGGAGCCCCACCACCACCCCAAGUACGAGUUCGACUACGGAGUGAAGGACACCAAGACCGGGGACAUCAAGCAGCAGUGGGAGACCCGCGAUGGCGACAAGGUCAAGGGAGGGUACACCAUGAAGGAGGCCGACGGACGCACCAGGAUCGUGGAGUACUCCGCCGACGCCCACAACGGAUUCCAGGCGACCGUCAAGCACGUCGGACACGCCGAUCACUUCGAGCACAGCCACGGACAUGGACAUGGACAGGAAUACGGACAUGGACAUGGUCAUGCCACCAGCUACGCGCAUGUGAAGCAGGACAGCAGCAGCAAGUGGGAGGAGAAAAGCCACAAGUGGUGGUAGAGAAACUGGCCAAUGAGACUGUUUAACCGAUUCGGACUAACUUAAUUAUUGUAAAUACAAACGACUAAAUUACAAUCUAUUGUUAU